AUGCUCUUCAUUUUCCUUCUUUUACUCUGCGAUUCCGGUCAAGCACGUCAAACGUGCUCUUGGGAAGCAUGUAACGUUUGGAGUGAUAAGGAUGGCGUUAUAAAUGUUCAUCUUGUACCACAUACGCAUGAUGACCUUGGCUGGAUAAAAACUGUGGAUCAGUAUUACUAUGGAUCACUACCUCGUCUUGUUCCCGUUGGAGUUCAAUACAUAUAUAAUACAGUUAUCGACGAACUACAAAAACAUCCGGAAAGGCGAUUUUCCUUUGCUGAGACCGGUUUUCUAUGGAGAUGGUAUAGGGACCAUAAUGAUUUUGAAAAGCAUAGGCUUCAGAAGCUUGUAAAAACCGGUCAAAUUGAGUUGAUCGGUGGAGGAUGGGUUCAAAAUGAUGAAGCUGCAGCUCAUUACGUGGAUAUCGUAGAUCAAAUGACUCUCGGCCUAAAGAAAUUGGACCAACUAUUUGGUGAAUGUGGAAAACCAAAAGUUGCAUGGCAAAUUGAUCCAUUUGGACAUAGUAAAGAACAGGCGAAUUUAUUUGCCAUGAUGGGAUUCACUUCGUUAUUCUUUGCUCGGAUCCACUAUCUUGAAAAAGAAGAACGUUUGAAGAAUAAAAGUCUUGAAUUUAUUUGGAAUGCAUCUGAAGACCUCAAAACACAAAUCCUUACUGGUGCAUUCUAUCAGGAUAAUUAUGGACCACCGGAAGGUUUCUGUUUUGAUUCACUUUGUGGAGACGAACCUAUCAUGGACGAUCCAGAUUUUGAAGAUUAUAAUCUUGAUCAGAAAAUAGCAGAUUUUAUUACACAAGUCAAAAAACAGGCAUCUUUCCUUCGAACUUCACAUGUGAUGCUUUUAAUGGGAAGUGAUUUCCAAUAUACUAAUGCUAACUCGUGGUACACGAACCUGGAUAAACUCAUACGAUAUGUGAACGGAAACGCGACUCAUGGUGUCCACGUCUUCUAUUCGACUCCAUCGUGUUAUGUUAAAGCAAUCACCGACUCGUCCACACAACUGCACCUACCUACUAAGAGCGACGACUUCUUCCCGUAUGCAUCCUCAAACGUAUCAUACUGGACUGGCUACUUUACAAGUCGACCUACUCUUAAAGGAAUGAUUAGAGACGCAAGCUCUCUACUACAACUCUGCAAGCAACUUGAUGCUCUUGCCGAUCUCGGCCCUGAAGAUGAUGCUGAUGUGGAGACAAUGGCACGAGCUUCAGCUCUUGCUCAACAUCAUGAUGCUAUCACUGGUACAGCAAAGGAAAAUGUGACUAGAGACUAUGAGAAACGUCUGGCUAAGGCGGUUAAAGAGGGAGAGAUAGUAAUCAACGACUACCUUAAGAAAAUCUCUCCAAAGAAUGUUUACAAACCACCACGGCAUCAUCUCUGUCCGUUAAUCAAUGAAACUAUCUGCAAUACUAUAAAGAAUGAGUCAACUUUUGCUGUUACUGUAUUCAACAGUAACUCAAGGCAGUAUUCCGGAUUCAUUACAAUUCCUUAUUAUUCCAAACAAGCUAUGGUAAUGAAUCCGAAAGGAGAACGUAUUCCUGUACAGCUUAUGAAAACAUUCCAAGUGAAUUCAAUGGAUACGAAUGUUCGUGCACCUUAUGAACUAAUGAUACCGGUUGAAAUUCAACCAUUUGGCUAUGCUACCUAUAUCGUGGAUAAUUCAUCGUCAAUACGUUCAGCUACUCCACAAUCAUCCACGUUCAGACCCACGGAAGAACCGAUUUCCAUCCAGAAUGAGGAAUAUGUGUUAACUUUCGACAACGACGGACUGGUGUCAACACUAACAGAAAAAGUGACAAAUGUGACCCAUUCAUUCCGUCAGGAGUUCUUCUAUUAUCCUGGAGUGAUGAAUGGUACACAACCUUCCGGAGCGUAUAUUUUCCGUCCUGAUGGUCAACCUGUUACAAUUGGAAAAGCGCAACUUGAAAUUCUUAAGGGCCCUCAAUCCGAAGAGGUACGACAAAUUUUCAAUUCUUGGGUGGCGCAGAUUAUUCGACUCAAGAAGAACGCCAAACAUAUUGAAUUUGAUUGGAUUAUUGGCCCGAUACCAAAGGAAGAAAACGAUCCCAUAACGAAAGAAGUUGUCACGAGGUACAUCACGGACAUCAAAAAUGAUAACAUUUUCUUCACGGAUUCAAAUGGACGACAAAUGAUGCGUAGAGAGAGAAAUUUCAAUCCUUCCUUCAAGUAUGUUGACACCGAACCAGUAUCAGGAAAUUAUUAUCCUGUUACCAACCGGGUAUUUUUGAAGGAUAACAACAAGCAACUAACUAUUCUAACGGAUCGCUCCCAAGGUGCCACUUCUUUUGAUGGCGGUUUAGAAUUGAUGCUGCACCGACGAUGCUAUGCUGAUGACCACUGGGGAGUGGAAGAGGCUCUUGAUGAGCCUGGCGAUGGCAAUGGAUUGGUUGUUCGUGGAACUCACUAUGUGCUCUUUGGCGAUGCAAAGGCAGCGGCUUCGAUUCAUCGUCCACUAGCAGUUAAAAUAUUCCAUCGUCCUAUUCUCACUUUUGCCAAUGUACAAAAUGCUACCGUAUACGGUCAAAUCUACAAGAUGGAGUUCUCUUCAUUGACACGUUCAUUACCGGAAUUCGCACAUUUGAUGACACUUGAAAGAUGGCAUAAGAAGAGUCUUUUACUACGUAUCGAACAUAUUUACCAGAAUCAGGAAGAUGCUGAUAAUAGUAAACCUAUGGAUGUUGAAUUACAGGAUCUCUUUAGCCAAUUUAAAAUAGAGAAAAUGACUGAACUAAUGUUGGCCGGAAAUCGAAACAUUACCAAUUUCACACGAGAUCGACCUAGUCGAUACAAAGGAGACUUCAAAAUCGCACUGAAACCGAUGGAGAUCCGUACGUUCAAGCUCGACGUUCAGUGGUUGUAG